UUAAAGGUUGAAAUAUUGGAGGGAAAUUAUUUUUCCGGCACCGAGGGGCCCAUCAGUAUAUUUUAAUUUCUAUUCUACCACACAUAUCUCUUCGACACCAACCUAAACCACAUUGAGUCCGGAAUGUCAGGAAGUAAGUCUCUCGAAGAACUUUCCCAUCCUUCAUACUGGGACAAUAGGUAUGCAGGAAAAUUCGAUCCAGAAACAGAGGAAGUUAUACGUGACGAGGGUGAAGAAGAUGUGGCAGCCAAGAAAGAAAUUGAGAGUUUUGAAUGGUUCAAGGAUUUCCAGUCUUUAAAACCGUUCUUUGAAAAACAUCUACCGAGUCCAGGGGAGGACAAGGAAGAACGAAAGGGGCCGAGGGUGUUGCAUCUGGGGUGUGGAAAUAGUGUAUGUAUUCAAUAGUCCAUUGCUGCAGAUACAAAUGUGAGAGAUGACGAGAAAUGUGCAAGAUUUUGAAAGAAAUUAACAAUACUAGACAUUAACAUACGACCUCCAUAUAGAUGGAUACAGAAAUCAAAUAUCAGUUGAUUUUUCCGAAGUAGUAAUUCAGAGAAUGAGUAAGAAGUAUUCGGACUUGAAUACCACGUGGACUGUGAUGGAUGUAAGGAAUAUGAAGCUGGAAGAUGGAGAAAUCGAUGUUGCCAUUGAUAAGGGAACUCGUAGGUUAUAUCUUUAUUCUACUUGACCUUUCAAUGGGUUGAACGUGAAGAUAUGGCAAGGUUUUGGGAUUUAUGCUGACUUUAAAUCCCCUAUUGUAGUUGAUGCAAUGAUUCAUGGAUCAAUGUGGGAUCCUCCUCAAGACGUCCGAGAAAAUGUUGGUCGUUACGUCGAUGAAGUUGCUAGGGUACUCAAACCAGGAGGUCAAUGGCUGUACAUUACAUACCGACAACCACAUUUCAUGAAGCCAUUCCUCUUGAGAGAAGGUAUUUGGGAGACGGAAAUGGAGGUACUUGGUGGAGAGAGUGGUGCUUUUGAGUAUUUUGGAUGGAGGAUGAAGAAGCUCUAAAACGAUAUCCUGUAUACCAUUCUAUGGAUGAGUGAAUUUUUUGUAUGUUUCGUCAUUGAUACAGAAGUUGGAUACUAAAAAGCUUGAAGUGGUGCAGUUGCUAGGCCAUAAGCCGGCUGCUUGCGAGACUCCGAUUCUAUAUUAGAUAGCUGGAUCUUUACAUGAGAUGACCUAGUUAGCAAAAUCACGCAACGAGAAAAGGUCAAU